CAUGGACAGAUGAUCCUCACCAAGAACAUGUAUGCUAGCUCGUCCCUUCCUCUCCUCCAUCAUCAGUAAAUCACUGGGUUAAUCUCUCCUCUCUUAAGUUCUAGCUACUGCUACAAUAUGGGUCCCAGGAAGCUUCAUCUGGCCUCCAUUUCUGCCCUAUCAAUCUUUCUCUACGUGUUUGCUCACACCAAUUCAGCACAAGCCUUCCCCGUCGCUGACGGCACGUACCCUCCUGAAGCUGAAGGCCCAGCAGCAGAAAGUUCAGACAUGGACGAGCAGCUGGAGCUCACCCCUGGACCGCAGCCGAGGGUCGUCGACGUCGACGACUACAGAGCGAGAGCCGACGCCGGCGACCACACGGAGGCGUUUCUUCAGGCCUGGAAGGAGGCCUGCAACUCCUCCGAUUACCCAUCCGUGCUCCUCGUGCCGGAGGGGAAGACAUACCUCCUGAUGCCUGUAAGCUUCAAUGGCCCCUGCAGAGCCACCACGAUCACUGCAACGAUAAGGGGGACGCUGGAGGCUCCAUCGAAUCGAUCGGUUUGGCUCGAUCGCGAUCUGCAGGAAUGGAUCACGUUCGACAACAUCGAUCACCUCCGUGUCCUCGGCGGCGGGACGCUCAAUGGCAAUGGACACCAAUGGUGGAUCAACUCUUGCAAGACCAACAGAUCCAUGAGAUGCGUCACCGGCCCAACGGCGCUGUACUUCAGGAGGUGCAACCAUCUGGUCGUGGAGGGCCUCCAGAUCAGGGACAGCAUGCAGAUGCACGUCGUGAUCGCCUACUCCUGGAGAGUGCUGGUCUCGAGGCUGCUCAUCACGGCGCCAGGAUGGAGCCCCAACACCGACGGCAUCCACGUAUCCAACAGCAGGGAAGUGUUGAUGAGUGGCUGCAUCAUCAGCACAGGUGAUGACUGCAUAUCAAUUGUGACCGGCUCUAUGUUUAUACGGGCAACUGGGAUAUUUUGUGGACCAGGCCAUGGCAUAAGCAUUGGUAGUCUAGGAGCAAACAAAUCAUGGGCCCAUGUUUCCGACGUGCUGGUGGAGAAAGCUACACUGGUGGGCACUACCAACGGUGUGCGGAUCAAAACUUGGCAGGGAGGAGAUGGCCAUGCAGAAAGGAUUACCUUUCAAGAUAUAACAAUGCACAACGUCACUAACCCGGUGAUUAUCGAUCAGAAUUACUGUGACUCCAUGACACCAUGUCAUGAACAGGGAUCAGCUGUCGCCAUAAAUAACAUACGCUACAGGAACAUACGUGGAACUAGUUCUUCAAAAGUCGCCAUCAACUUCGUCUGCAGCAACUCUGUCCAUUGUGAUGGCAUAGUGAUGCAGGAUGUUUCUUUGGUUGGAGAAGGAUCCUACGUUUCUUGUUCGUACAUGAAUGCUAGAGUGGUAGAGUUGGGGUAUAACUUCCCGUAUUGCAGAGCGGAAAUGUAGUGUAUCUGUAGUACUGCAGAGCGGAAAUAUUAUUCAUUCUUUCGAUAAAUAAUACUCCCUCCAUUCUAAAAUAUAAUAAUUUUUAGUCCUUA